AUGACAAGCAAAGUAAUCCUCAGUGCUUUGGUGGUCUUGCUGGUUUCUGUGGCCACCAGUGAAGGAAUGAAUGUCAGAAGCUUGGGAGUUGAUCUGCAUUGCCGCUGUAUCCAAACGGAGACCAGAACCAUUGGCCGCCACAUCGAAAAGGUGGAGCUGAUCCCCGCAAACUCCCACUGCGAGGACACUGAGAUCAUUGCUACCCUUAAAACUACGGGCCAAGAGGUGUGCCUUGACCCCAAGGCUCCAUGGGUGAAGAAAGUCAUCGAGAGGAUCCUUAAUAAGUAA